CCAUGCCAGGCAUUCUGCUAACACAGGAAACGCGUCUUACCUAAUCCCUCCUAACUUCUAGAGGUCUGGAGCCAUUUGGCAAAUAAGGGCUCUCCUGGCCAGCAAACAUUUGUGGAGCGCAGCCUGUGUUCAAGGGAGGGGGCUGGGCUCUCCUUGGGCAAAAGGACUCAGAAGUGGUGGCAUUUUCAACUCCCACUUGGCUCCGGAAGUGUGUGCUCCACAUACCGGUCCUUAGUUCCGGGAGAAUGUCCAGGAUCUGCUGCCCACCCUGCCCAAGGCCGAUGACUACUUCCUUCUGCGAUGGCUCCGAGCUCGGAACUUUGACCUUAAGAAAUCUGAGGACAUGCUCCGAAAGCAUGUGGAGUUCCGGAAUCAGCAGAACCUGGACCAGAUCCUGACGUGGCAGGCACCAGAGGUGAUCCAACUCUAUGACUCUGGUGGUCUGUCUGGCUAUGACUACGAAGGCUGCCCUGUGUGGUUUGACAUCAUUGGGACACUGGACCCCAAAGGCCUUUUUAUGUCAGCCUCUAAGCAGGACAUGAUCCGGAAGCGUAUCAAAGUCUGUGAGAUGCUUCUCCAUGAGUGUGAGCUGCAGAGUCAAAAGCUGGGCAGGAAGAUUGAGAGGAUGGUGAUGGUGUUCGACAUGGAAGGGCUGAGUCUGAGGCACUUAUGGAAGCCAGCUGUGGAGGUCUACCAGCAGUUUUUUGCCAUCUUGGAGGCAAAUUAUCCUGAGACGGUGAAAAAUUUAAUCGUUAUUCGAGCCCCCAAGCUCUUCCCAGUGGCCUUCAACCUGGUCAAAUCAUUCAUGGGAGAGGUGACACAAAAGAAGAUAGUGAUUCUGGGAGGUAACUGGAAACAUGAGCUUCUCAAGUUUGUGAGCCCUGACCAGCUGCCUGUGGAAUUUGGGGGCACUAUGACUGAUCCUGAUGGUAACCCCAAGUGUCUGACCAAGAUCAACUAUGGGGGUGACGUGCCCAAGCGCUAUUACCUGAGCAAUCAGGAGAGGCCACAGUAUGAGCACAGUGUGGUCGUGGGCCGAGGCUCCUCCCACCAAGUGGAGAAUGAGAUCCUGUUCCCAGGCUGUGUGCUCAGGUGGCAGUUUGCUUCAGAUGGUGGAGACAUCGGCUUCGGAGUUUUCCUGAAGACCAGGAUGGGGGAGCGGCAGAAGGCUGGGGAGAUGGUGGAGGUGCUGCCCAGCCAGCGCUACAAUGCCCACAUGGUGCCCGAGGAUGGGAGCCUCACCUGCCUCAAGGCUGGAGUCUAUGUCCUGCGCUUUGACAACACCUACAGCCUCCUGCAUACCAAGAAGGUCGGCUACACUGCCGAGGUGCUUCUUCCAGACAAGGCCUGUGAGGAGAAGUUGCAGUUCAAUGAGCCCUCCUUAGGACAGUGAAGACUCUGGCCACCUCUGAUUUUACUCCAUCCAACUCCUUCACACACCCCUACCCCUUGCACCCCAGGCAGGGUGAUGCUGAACAUGGCUACAGAGAUCUCCAA